AUGUUUCCUGAAAAGGUUCUCGUCUGUACGGUUUUAGUCGUUAUUGCUACAGUGAGUGCUGAAAGGCAUUAUGUUGUAAACAAGGGGUGCAAUACGUGUACGAAAAGGGGUCCGCCUUCUUGCAGACAGUGGUGCAUAAUCACAGUGAACGUGGGUUGUUGUUUGCAGCGUCGAUAUGUUUGCUGUAGCUACAGAGAAAAGCUGGGAGUUUGUCCCGUAGCCCAGCCGUCCUGCCCCAAGCCGUACCCUUACCAUGCAACUAGGGUGUUCGAGUGCCACCACGACUUCCAUUGCCCUCUAGGUUACAAGUGCUGCUCGGACUGUUGUUUUACGCACAAAAUUUGCAAGCAGAUGCAUUCGGCCACACCAACUUCAGCCCCAUGGCCCAAACCUUCAGUUUUCACAAAACCGACAACCAGCACAACGAACUCGACGACUACAACCACCACCACCACCACCAUCACGCCACCGACAACAACCCUGUCCACAACCACGCAAUUUAUUAUCGAAGUACCCGAAGUCGAGGACGAAACAGUGACUGUAACUCAAGACAGACAGCCAACGACGCUUCCAAAUCCGACCGUUGAAGAAGGUAGCGGGUACGGCAUCAACGACUUGGAAGAACCACACGCCGCUUUGGUUCAAGGAUUCUUGGACGAUGAAGACUUUCUGCACUAACAAUUUGACACCUAAGGCAUUGGGACCGGUGCGUUUUUUCUCGAAGACUGAAUAAGUUAAUUGUACAGAUUAAAG